UUUUAAGGGGGACUUUUAAUUUGAAAAAAGGAAAAAUAAACUUGCUUGGUCCCCAACCGGAAGUAUCACAUCAGUUUGAGACGGAAGAGGAACCGCGAACCGAUGUGUUCAGCUUGUACGUGAGGAGAACUUUUAAUGUUAUAACAUAUUGCUAUUUUAUACCAUCAUCAAACACCAACUAACUCCUCUACAGUGUUAUCGCGGCUACACAAUUCAACAAGAUGUUCAACAGACAGACGAGCCUGUGGAUGGGUGAUUUGGACCCAUACAUGGAUGAGAACUUCAUCAAGCAGGCCUUUAGUGCUAUGGGAGAAUCGCCGUUUGGAGUCAAGAUCAUCACUCACAGGAUAACAGGUGGUUCUGCAGGAUACUGCUUUGUUGAGCUGGCAGAUGAAGCAAGUGUUGACCGCUGUGUUCAAAGACUCAACGGAAAACUGGUUCCUGGAUCAAAUCCGCCCCGGAAGUUUAAGCUAAACUAUGCCACCUAUGGCAAACGGCCAGAGGCAGGGCCAGAAUUUUCAGUGUUUGUAGGUGAUUUGGCCUCUGAGGUGGACGACUUCCAGCUGCACCAAGUUUUUAAGAAGUACUCAUCCUGCAAAGGAGCCAAAGUUGUCACCGACCAGUAUGGAUACUCCAGAGGCUAUGGCUUUGUCAAGUUUGGUGAGGAGAGUGAGCAGAAGAAGGCGAUUGAGGAGUGCCAGGGAACAAUGCUUGGCGGAAAGCCACUCAGACUCAGUAUUGCUGUUGCAAAGAGUCAGAAGAUGAGCAGCUACCACGGGGGCCAGAGCCAGAAUUACCAUAGCAGCUACAACCAGUCUCAGUCCAGUUACUAUGGCAACCAUAGCGCUGGGGGUCAGGGGGGUUAUUACUCUCAGUGGGGUGGCUAUGACCAAUACAGUGGCUAUAACAACAGUGGCUACAACAGUGGUUACAACAGUGGCUACAACUAUAACUAUGGGCCGUAUGGAUACCCCCCACCGGGCCACAUGAUGCCACCACCUCCCAUGGGGAUGCCACCCAUGUCCACUGACAUGUCAGGAGCUGUAGAGAGUCAUGAAGAAACUGACGACAUAGAGGAGGAUAAUGCAGAAGAGCCCAUCCUUGAAUGCAACGUGGACCAGUGGAACAAAGAUUUUAUGCAAUGCAGUGAGGAGCUCUACAAUGCCAUGAUGAACUGUCAUUGGGAACCCCUGAACUCUGUUGAUUCGCCCAUUCCCUCUCUUUCUUGAUAACUUAUUUUUGUCCCCUCUGAUCCCUCCCUAAUCUUUAAAUAUUUUGUUUUGUAUGAUUUUGUGCUCCCCAGAAUCUUGAUGAUUUAAAGCUACAUUGGCACCUAUAAAGGCCACCUCAGUUCACUGUCUCAGUACUUUUAACAAGCCUGACUAAAGGCUUACAGAUGUACUUUUUCCUCUUCAAAUACUUUUAUAGUUUACCAUGUUGGUAAUAUACAGUUGAUCAAUAAUCAGUGAAGUUACUGUGUAGGCAGUACUGUUUAGUAUGAACACUUCUAUAUACCAGAGCUGUAAGUUUAGGGAUAAAGCUCUGAAGUUGCCUUCUCUGCUGUAUUGUAGGCACAAUGCAGUGCAUUCAGAAAGUAUUCAGACCCCCUCACUUUUUCACAUUUUAUCACAUUUUCUAAUGUUGGAGCCUUAUACCAAAAUAUUUUUUAUGUUAAUUUUCUCUCAUCAGUCUACACUUAAUAGCUUAUAAUGACAAAGUGAAAACAGAAUUUUAGAAAUUAAUGUACAUUUAUUAAAGAAAAAACUGAAACAUCACAUCACUUUUGCUGUAACACUUGAAAUUUAGCUCAUGUUCCUCCCAUUUCUCUUGAUCAUCUUUGAGAUGUUUCUACACCUUGAAUGGAUUCCACCAGUGGUAAGUUCAGUUGAUUGAACCUGAUCUGGAAAGGCACACACCGGCUUCUCUAUAUAAGGUCUUGCAGCUGACAAUACAUACCUGAGCAAAAACAAUUGGGUUCUUGGUCAACUCUGUUACCAAGCUGGUCUCCCCCUGAUUGGUAGCCAGGUUAAGGAAUCCUAGUUGUUCUAACCUUCUUCCAUGUAAGAAUAUUGGAGGCCACAGUGCUCUUGGAAAUCUUAAAUGCAGCAAGUUUUUUGUGGUCAAUUUUUUGUGGUUUUGCCAGUCAAUUAAAUUUACCACAGGUGGACUCCAAUCAAAGUACAGAAACCUCUCAAAGAUGAUGAGGAGAAAUGAGAGGAACCUGAGCUAAAUUUCAGUUGCCAUAGUAAAGAGUCUGAAAACUCAUGUCAAUGUGAUUUUUCAGUUUUUUUUUUUUUAAUAAAUUUGCCAAAAUGUUGGGUGUUGAGUGUAGACUAAUGGGAUAAAUUAUUACUAAAUAUUAUUAAAUAAUAUUUUUUAUUACUUUAGCAUAAGGCUGCAACAUAACAAAUGUGGAAAAAGAGAAGAGGUCUGAAUACUUGCCGAUUGCACUGUAGGUGUGGUAUGGCAAACUGAAUUCUGUGUCAAUAUUUCAACAUAACACAAAACACUGCUGUCAUUCAUUUUUGUCGAUCCUUUUUGAAAUAGUCACCAGCAAAAAUCUAACUGCUCAUUGAACUCUUUAGGAGGAGACUCUCUUCUGGAGGCAAAAAUAAUAUUUCUUUAGUUUAUACAAGGUGUCAGUCUAUCUUGUUUUGUUAAUUUUCUUCAGGUUUUUUUCCUUCAUUUUUUUUUAGAUUUAUUGGAGCGUUAUCUGGGGAGAAGUAUGGAAAAAGUAUGGGAAGAUUGUGAUAAUGAGUUUACCCAACAGUAAUCAACCAUAGAUGUAAUUUAUGACUGUUACAGAAAAGAAGCUUGCUUUUCUGUGUAAUAGAGGAAAGGUACAACUUCCGAAUAUUUCUGAGUGCUGUGAAACUGUAUGUAAUGAUUUUGUGAGGUAGAAUACUGAUUUGCUAGCAGAUUGUAGCAGAUGUCAAGUUUUUAUUCCCUUCUGUCCGAUCAAUGAUGUUUUGAAGGUUUUCUUUCUGUUCUUUCUGUUUCUGAAGAUGUACUAUCACAAAACAAAUUUAGGAGAAAAAAUGUGUUGGGUCUUCUUUCUUUAGAGAAAAAUGAUGAAUGAAGUGUUUCUCUUGAACUGAACUGUAUUAAUAUAUUGGCCUCAGAGUUUUCAGAACCUCUCA